ACACAUACAAAACACACACAAAAACAGACACACAUCGUACACACACACACAAACACCCACAUACACACAUCCUGGCCUCUGUGGUGAGUCUCAGUCUGACACAAAACUGAACAGAAGGAAGUGCCAGAUCCAGACCAGCCAAUGACAGCUCCGAUAAGACCACCCGGAUCACACAGCACAGCAGACGGACGCACCAGGGUGAUCAGGGGUGUGGGAGAAGUUGAACUUCACAAAUGGAGCACGUCAACUCAUCAUCUCCGGUAAACAGCACCCUGGGGAAUGACUCCUGUUGCGACAUCCAGGACGUACCGCAAACGUUCUUCAUAACCACCUACGGACUGGUGUUCCUCCUGGGUCUGGUUCUGAACGGCAUCACGGUUCGCGUGUACUUCUGCCAAGCCCAGCGGCGCCCCUCAAGUGUGACAGUCUACCUGAAGAAUCUGGUCGUUGCCGACUUCCUUCUCAGCCUCUGUAUCCCGCUGCGGAUCGCUAACUACGCGAGCAGGUCCGUCAUGCGAAGAGUAUACUGCUCUUUCGGGGCGUCCGCUUUCUAUCUGAACAUGUACGCCAGCAUUCUCUUCAUGGACUACAUCGCAGCGAACAGGUACCUAAAGAUUGUCCGCCCGCUGGAGAAUCACUCCUUUCAGACUGUCCGCUCAGCCCACCUCGUCUCCAUAGCAACCUGGUCUGUCCUGGUGACCAUGAUGUGCAUCUACGUGACUCUGCAUCUCGUCACCAGUCAGGACGAGACGCAGCCCUGCAUGGCCCUGGGCUGCGACACCACGCACAGCCCUGAGAUGCACCUCUUCUACAAGAUCAUCCACUCCUCCCUGGCGGCCAUCUUCCUGUUUGUCCUGGUCUCCCUGGUGCUGCUGUACCGUGGAACCUGCUGGAGGCUGGAGCAGGCGCAGCGGGCCCGAAGGACCGCCUGCCGCAAGCUGAGCAGGUCCAGGAGCAACAUGCGUGUUCUGGUGGGCGUGUUCUGCGUGUGUUUCGUUCCCUACCACCUGGUGCGUGUGCCCUACGCCUUGUUCAAGCGCAGGUGCGAGUGGGCGAGGCUUUUCUACUUCCUGAAGGAGGGGACGGUGCUGCUGUCGGUUCUCAACGCUUGCCUGGACCCGUUUAUUUACUUCAUUUUCAGCAAGGCCUUCAGAGAGCAGCUGGGAGUCGGGGGAGCCUCGAACGUCACCCAGACCCAGCUGGAGAUGAGGGGAGCCUCGAACGUCACCCAGACCCAGCUGGAGAUGAGGAGAGCCUCGAACGUCACCCAGACCCAGCUGGAGAUGAGGAGGAACAGCGAGGGUCUCCUGGGACUCCAGAGGACAGAGAAAACUAUCGUCACCACGUCUAGACGGACAAGUGUGAUUUAGCACCAAGGCCCACUAUUCCACUAUUGGUCAGUGGGACCUGUUGAGUAGCUGAUCUCUUCCACUAUUGGUCAGUGGGACUUGUUGACUAAUUGAAGGGAACUCUUAUGAAGGAUCAAUGCAAUAUUGAGUAAAAUAUGUGUUCUAUUAUAAUUAAGUUAUUUUAUGACUGUUCUUUACUGCUGAAAUUUUGCAAAGAUAUCUAUUCCUCGAAAUGACUACAAUCUGCUGUGAAAAGUCACAAUCCCCUUUUAUGAUUCUGAGAAAUGUGACUAAUUAUAUAAGGUCAAAAGGAGGAGGUGGUGGAAGAUAGUCAAGUAGUCUGCAUUAAAGAUCCGAUCAAUUAUUAUUGUCACCUCACUUCCUCAUCACAGUUCCUGAACACAGGCGGCUCCUCUAUUCUAGUUCCAUAAAAUUAAACUCAAUUUCAACCACAGGGUCCUACAACCAGGAAAUGACACGCACACACACACCUCAGGAAGGUCUCUUUGACAGGAGAGCCUCGUUUUGUCAGAUCUACAGACACUGUGGAAGGUUGAGGCUUGCGUGAUGACACGAGCAGGAAGCUACUGUCUAGUUAAAUGUCAGGAUACGCAGGGGUGGGGCUUGCUGGCAGAUACUGACUAAGAUCACCCCGGAACCCAGGACCCUGGCCAGCAGGAGCCGCUGUCCUAACAGAGGAGUGGUCACAGAGUCGCUUGGGAGGACUGUAUCACACCAGACUUUAGCGUCUAAGUUGGGUUGAAUAUCAUCGCUGUACCAUUGCAGCUCUGUAGAGUCACACUGUGUGGUUUAUCUGAUGAGAUUAAGAAUAGUUGACAUGAAGUGUGGCCUGACCCAGGCACUUGUCUUCUCUCCCACCCUCCCCUGGAUCUCUACACGUGGUCAGCAACUUUACUAUGACAAACGAACAGGAGGGAGCAUUCAUCAAAAUCAUUUAACUUUGUAAAAGAAACUACAUUUAUUACAUCAGAUGAGCGAACAGCACUUCCUACAACAGUCUAACCAACAGUGAAGAAACAACCUGUAACACGACAGACGAGAUCCACCCACCUUCUGUGAAGUGACGACAACGCCCCCGCCCCCCCAAAAA